AUGCACCUCUCUGUUCGCCAGGCGGUUGUUGCAACUAUCGUUUUUCUCUCUUCUCUGAUAACGACUGUAGUCGCAUAUGACCGCUACAGCCCCAUCGCGAAAAAUACUACAUGGAGCAAAUGUCCGGACGAUCCGACUUUCCUAUGUGGCACUUUCGAUGUGCCACUGGACUGGACACCAGGAAAGGAGUCAAGAGGGAAGGCGACGCUUGCCGUGAUCAAAUAUCCUGCUACGCGUGAGAGGAAGGGGUCCCUUUUCGUUAACCCAGGCGGCCCUGGUGACAGUGGUUUAGGCCUCGUGUUGUCAAGGGGUACGGAUUUAUCGAAUAGGACUGGUGGAUACUACGAUAUCGUCAGUUUUGACCCUCGCGGGGUUGGUCUCACCAUGCCCAGGAUCGACUGCUUCAAUAGCACAGAUGAGGAGCAACAAUUUUGGAAUGGCACCGUCGUUUACCAGUCCAAUAAUGGCCUCGAAGCAAAAGGAAACUUCACAAGUUCCAAUCAGACUGACCCCGACGUAGUGGCGUUCUGGAAACAAGAACCUGAGGUUGAUUCGCUACUUGGCCAGGUCGGUCAGUUGUGUCUUCAGAUGAAUGGCGACAACCUCGAAUUCGUUGGUACUGCUGCGGUCGUGAGGGAUAUUAUUGCCAUGGCGGAUGCUUAUGAUGGCGAUGGGUCCCUGGUCUACUAUUGGGGCUUCAGUUAUGGGACGGUUAUUGGCGCUUACCUCGUGAACAUGUUCCCUGACCGCGUGGGACAUGUUGUUAUUGAUGGUGUCGUCAACACACUUCUGUGGGCCACCGAACCCUCAUACAAGGCUUGGGCAUAUAAGAUACAAGACACUCCUAAGGUGUUCCAAGGCUUUGCAGGUGCUUGCGCCAUGGCGGGCCCUUCAGGAUGCGCCAUUGCCGAGAAGGGGAGCACCAACGAAACAAUCACCCAAUGGGUUCAGGGACUCAUGGACGCAGCAUACGAUUACUACAAAGGUGGAGGCACCGAGGCGAGCUCCGCUUUAAUUCGAAACAUGUUAUUCCAAGCGAUGUAUAAUCCGACAGGCUGGCCAAAACUAGCAUCUGAUCUUUAUUCGCUUGGGCAGCUCUUAUUCCAAAAUGGCGGGCGCGGAAGCAAGCGUGGCUUACCAUCGAGUGAUCUACUGGGUCUAGAAACCAAUUCGUGGCUCUCGCCUCCAGGAUUUGGUCCGCUAGGACUGAGGAAAAAGAAAACCAAUCCUGUGGCAAGGAGGCACUUGGACAGGCUGGGCAAGAGGGAUUCAGGUGUAAGCACAUAUGAUUACGCCUCUCAGGCGAUAACGUGUGCAGAUGCGGUCGACGCAGGGAAUGUGACAACAAGCGAUGUCUUUGGAGAGAUUCUCUUGGCGUCACAGAAUGUUUCCGAGAUGUUCGGACCCAUGUUCGCCGAUGCCGGUUUCUGGUGCCACAAGUGGCCUUCUCGCGCCACCGAGCGCUUCACUGGCCCAUGGAACUCUACAUUGAAGAACAAGAUUCUCGUCGUUGGAAAUCAAGCAGACCCCAUUACGCCCUACCCAGGAGCAAAGCUAGUUGCGGACCUCCUUGGCGAAGCAAACGCUGUGAUAGUGGAGCAGCGCGAUUUUGGUCAUACAUCACUCGCUGAACACUCCGAUUGCACGUUCCGUGUCAUCUACGAUUACUUUGCCAAUGGAACGUUACCGGUCGACGAAUCCAUUUGCGGAACGAACCAGGUUCUUUUCCCAGGCUCCCCCGUCACUAAACUAUCUCUCGAAUACGGAGGAAGCCUUGACCCCCAACUAAAUCCUAACGUCCCUAUUCCUCAUCCUCCCGGGUCUGAAUUAUUGGCUACUAAUGAUAACAACGACACUACCAAGUACAAUAUACAUGGCGACAACAGCACCCUCACUGCGCUCGAGAACGAAAUCAACAGCCUCAAGUCGACUCGCCAAACGCUCCUUAUCGCUCUUGGCUCGCUUGGUGCAGCAUUCCUUUCGUUCCUCGUAGCUACCGGGAUCAUCAUCUGUUGUCGCCGAAGGCGCUCCAAGUCAGGUUCCACAUACUACAUUCCGACUUCUAACCGCUCUUCCUAUUUCCAUUCGAAUAGAUCGAGUGGUGCAUACAGCUUGGUUAAUGCGCCUCUCCUGAACCAAGAUAAGAGCGUCAGUGGCCAUACGACGCCACCUGGGGGAGUUGCACAUCACCGAGAUGCCAGUCAUGGAGAAGAUGCUGAAGCCUUCAUUCCUCCUUCGACAGAGAGCACGAGUACUGGGUCGGGGAGACGCGAAGGGGCUUAUAUGGAUCCGUAUGACCCUCCAUUGGGUGCUGUAGGUGGUUCAUCCUAUGGAGAUGGUGGUCGGGGCUAUUCUGGACGAUGA